AUGGCCUCCAAUGUCUGUACCAGGUCAUGAUGAUCCCAGCAUCAAGUGCUAACCUUUGCCACAGUCCGAUCAGAAAGCGGGGAACAUCCUCAACUGGGUCGAUCCAAAAGACAAAUCCGGAGAAUUCAAACGUCAAUCUUCUGUCUUCCGAAACUGGAUCUCCAAGGACCCCAAUGCAGAAUUCCCCGCCGAGAAAGAUCGAUACCAUCUCUAUGUCUCUUACGCUUGUCCCUGGGCUCAUCGUGCUCUCAUCGUUCGAAAGCUUAAAGGCCUAGAGGAUUUCUUGCCCUUCACGAGCGUGCACUGGGAAAUGCUCGAGAAGGGGUGGCGAUUCGCUACGAAGGACGAGAAAGACCUCCCUGGAGAGAACACAAUUCCUGAUCCUUUGCAUCCAGAAUAUACGCAUCUUCGGGAUAUUUACUUUGCACAGGAUCCUGAUUACCAGGGACGAUUCACGGUGCCGACACUCUAUGACAAGAAAGCGAAACGCAUUGUGAAUAAUGAGUCGAGUGAGAUUAUUCGGAUGCUGUAUACCGAAUUUGAUGAUGUGCUGCCGGAGAAGUUCAAGAAUUUAGACCUCUUGCCGAUGGAUUUGAAGAAGGAGAUCGAGAGUACGAAUGAGUGGACUUAUAAUGAUAUCAACAAUGGGGUUUACAAGAGUGGCUUUGCGACGUGAGUAUCAAGCGAAUUCGCUGAUGUCUUGAUGAUCAGACUACUGAUUCAAACUUCCCUUUGGCAGUACCGAAGACGCCUACACCAAAGCCGUCACAACGCUCUUCAACUCCCUCGACCGCGUCGAAGCACACCUCUCCAAAUCCCCAGGUCCCUUCUACUACGGCGACCGCAUCACAGAAGCAGACAUUCGUCUCUACACCACCAUCAUUCGGUUCGACGCCGUGUACGUGCAGCACUUCAAGUGCAAUAUCCGCGAGAUUCGGAGCGGGUACCCUGCGAUCCAUAGAUGGGUCCGCAACCUGUACUGGAAGGUGCCGGCUUUUGGAGAGACGACAGAGUUCACGCAUAUCAAGAAGCAUUAUACGAAGAGCCACAAGCAGAUCAACCCGUUUUCGAUUACGCCUGUGGGACCUGUGCCGAACAUUCUGCCCCUGGAUGAGGAGGUUGCGGCUGUGAAGGCUGCCCAGAAUUGA